AUGUUGUUUUGUGCUUUUACAACUUUUUCUCGAUCCUGGUGGGGACACACCCAUGCCAUCAUUGCUCAAAAUGCACAAAAAUUCUUGUCAACAAAACAAAUCAAUCAUAUCAAUCGAAUUAUUUCUAACGGUGGAUUUGGACAAACAAAUAUUGUUCAUGUAGCCUCAUGGCCUGAUGAUUUAUUAGCUAAUAAGGUUCCUUCAAUGGCAGAAUGGCAUUAUUCUGAUCAGCCAUAUAUACCAUUCGAUAAUUUCUCUUUUCCAUAUCCAAAGCCAACAUAUAAUGUUACCUCAUACAUCAGAGAUGCAUGGGAGAUACUCCACGAUCCAACUACAACUGAUAUGUGGGCCUGGACAUUCCACAUCAGAAAUUUAAUUCAUUUUGUUGGUGAUAUCCACACACCUCACCAUAACGUUGGCAGAUUUACAAAUGAACUCCCAGAUGGAGAUAUGGGAGGCAAUCUUUACUUUCUAACUUGCGAAUGGGGAGAUGCUUGCAAGAACAUUCACUUCUUCUGGGAUUCUUGCAUCCUUGCAUUCCCAAUUUACUACAUUAACUAUCCAAUCUAUGCAUCUGACCUUGUUAAGAACGCAUCUCUUAUAGAAGACGAGUUUCCAACAAAAGAUUUCGAUGAUCUUACAACAGUUGAUGUAUUCAAGUGGUCAAGUGAGUCAUAUGAGAUAGCAUCAACACUUGGCUAUCAAACACCUGAGCAACAAAAACCAUCUGAAGAAUAUAUCCAAAAAGCAAGACACGCAGCAAAGAGGAGAGUAGCCAUGGCCGGAUAUCGUCUUGGCCACAUGCUUAAAGAGCUCGCAGAAGGUGGUUUGAUGCCAGAAUUUCCAAAUGAAAAACUUAAUGCAAGAACUAUCAUUGUUUGGAUAAUUGAUGGCGCAUUAUUACUUGGUGUUUUAGUAUACGUCAUUCUUAUUUUACGUAUUUCAACAAGAUACAAUAAUACAGGCUUAAUUUCAUCUUCAACCAAUUUGUGA